AUGCCACCAUCUGCUGUGAUGUCUUCAACUGAUACUUUACAACAACACCAACAACCAGCCAAAUCAACUUUAGUUAAUAUUUCAUUUAUUAAUGAUCCAUCUAAUUUACAAUAUGAUUCAGUAGAAUUAUCUUGGAAUGUAUUUGGUAAACUAUUCCCAGAUUUCCCAGAAGAUACCAACGAUCCUCAUGCUGUUGGUUCUAUUGAUAAAUUCAUUUUGGUUAAAUUAUUAGGUGCACCUGAUUAUUUCAAUAAAUUUAAAAUUAUGAAAAUUCAUAAGAUUUCUUAUUCAACUGCAAAUUUAAUUACUUUCAUUAAUAAUUCAAAUUUAUCUAAAUUUGAUAGUUCUCAAUUAACUUUAAAUACUGCUAUUGUUCAAUCUAUCAAUAUUGAUUCAAUUCCAAUUUUAUCACAAGUAUUCAUAUCUGUACCUCAUGAAAUUUAUCACAUUUUGCAUAAUAAGCCGCAGCUGGCUAUAAGAGAACAAUUAUUAACUCAAAUAUUGGCCAAUAGUGGUAGCGUUCUCAAUGAAGGUGACACCAUCAGGUUAAUCAAUGGGAAGGUCAAUCUCUGUGAACCUAUAACUCAAGGGAAAUUGGAUCACAACACUAAUAUUAUAUUGAUCAACCAACAUGAAGAGUCUCAGCAGUACCACCUUGAAGAUCAAGAGGAAGAGGAAGAACUCGAAGAAGAAGAUUACGAUGAAUCAGAUCUUGAUGCUGAUUUAUCUGGUUAUUUAUCUUCAACAUUACAAUUCGAUAAAUCCGAGAUUAUUCACUCCAGCACCAAGUUUGGCGUUAAACCAUUACCUGAUAGAAUUUCAAUUGAUAAUUUACCUGUUGGAUGGCAAAAGGAUGAUUCUGAAUUGUUUGUGUUUAUAAAUUCUUCCGAUUUUAUCAAAUUAGGAUUCCCUAUAUUCAGUGGUGAUUUGGUAAAAUUGAUUAUUACCCCUGAAAAGAGUGCAGUUGUUAGAGUAUUUACAUUUACUGAACCUCAAAAUACUUUCAAAUUCGGAUAUGUUUAUUUAUCCCCAAUUUUAUUAAUCAAUCUUGGAUUGACUAAAGAUUCUGCUAUUGAAUUUGAACAAUUCCAUGAAAAUACCACAUUAUCAAAAUCAAUCCCCAUUGCUGAAUCAGUUACUAUAUCUCGAGUAUGUUCCCAAAUUACCAUGGAUAAAACUUAUCAACGUAAUUUCUUUUCCAGUUUGAAAACCAUCUUAAGUACUCAAUUCAAAUGUGUCCAAGAAGGUGAUUUCUUCCCGGUUGUCAUUGACUCAGUGUUAUCUAAAACCAUGUUUGACAAUAUGAAUGACGAAAACAACGAAAAUGACGAAGAAUCAAUGGGUGGUGAAGGUGGAGAUGGGAUAGAUGUUAUCCCAAUAGGAGAUCCUGAUGCAGUAGCAUGGUUCAAGAUUGUUGAAGUUAAGGGAAAGAAUGAAAUCGGGACAAAUCAAUUCCUUGUUGAUCCAUCCAAGACAUUAUUAGUUUCUUCUGGGGUUGAAAGUGUUCGUUUACCACCUAAUGAAUUCAACAACUGGUUUGAUUACUUGCAUUUACCUCCAUUAAAAUUAAUAUAG